UUAAAAAAAAAGAACUGUUGCUAAGCAUAGACUAUAAAGAAAAUAUACAAACUUCCUUUCUCGUUGCUUUGCUCGCAGUUUACCUAUCAUUUAUUUUUUUUCAUUAUUUGUCGCCGCCAUUGGUGUUAGAGCUUACUAUCUUAGAUAAUAUGGAUGAAUGGGAUGAUGAUUCAGAGGUGGUGGCACCACUUCCGGUUGUUUUAUACAAUGUAAAUGGUGACAAUAAUGUUGAUGAAGGCCACAGUUUAUCCAGAGGCCGUGGAUUUCAGUCGUUUAAUGACAAUGAUUUCGACAAGGUCGAUAGUAACGGGUUUGGUGAGAGACGCGGGCGCGGCGGCCGCGGUGUCGGUCGAGGGGGGCGUGGGGGGAGAGGAGGGCGGGGCGGCGGCGUCAGAGAUCGCGGUGACUUCGAAAGUAAUGGAGACAACUAUGAUGACAAAGACCGCGGAGAUCGAGGAGAGCGCGGGCGAGGCCGAGGUCGAGGAGGCCGGGGUGGCGGCCGCGGAGGAGGAGGUGGCGGAGACGGCAACGGCUCCCCCGAGUUUGGGGAGAAUGGUGAACUUAAAAAGCCCCCAGUUACAUAUGUCCCACCGGAACCAACCAAUAAUGAAGAGGAAAUAUUCAGCAGCACCAUCAGCUCUGGCAUUAAUUUUGACAAAUUCGAUUGCAUUGCUGUUAAAGUUAGCGGCGAAAACCCACCACGUGCCAUAGAAAGUUUUGAAACUGCCAAUUUACGCAAGUAUGUUCUUGAUAACAUUUUAAAAUCAGGUUACAAGAAACCAACACCAAUUCAAAAACACGCCAUACCUAUUAUAAUGUCUGGCAGAGACCUUAUGGGGUGUGCGCAGACAGGAUCCGGGAAAACGGCGGCUUUUCUUCUUCCAAUAAUUAAUACUCUUUUACAAGAUUCACGAGAAUUGAUAGUUGGACCAAGCGGAUGUGCUCAACCACAGGUCAUAAUAGUGUCACCUACCCGUGAACUGACACUUCAAAUAUUUAAUGAAGCCCGAAAAUUUUCGUAUGGCUCUGUAUUGAAAAUUGCUGUUGCGUAUGGCGGUACGGCAGUGCGUAAUCAAGGGGACACAAUUUCUAAAGGUUGUCACAUCUUGGUCGCCACACCCGGACGUCUACAUGACUUUGUGGAUCGCAAUCGUAUAUCCUUUGAUAGUGUAAGGUUCAUUGUACUAGAUGAAGCUGACCGCAUGUUGGAUAUGGGCUUCAUGCCUAGCGUUGAGAAAAUGAUGGAACAUCCCACCAUGGUAGCUGUUGAUUCACGUCAGACGCUGAUGUUCUCGGCAACAUUCCCUGAAGAUAUCCAACACUUGGCUGGCAGAUUUCUCAACAACUACCUCUUUGUCGCUGUGGGCAUAGUCGGUGGCGCCAGCACCGACGUUGAUCAGAUUUUCCAUCAAGUCUCCAAAUAUGAGAAACAAAAUACAUUGAAGAAGCUCAUUGAAGAGAAUGAUCGCAAGCGCAUCCUGGUGUUUGUGGAGACAAAACGUAAUGCAGACUUCAUUGCUGCGAUGCUCUCUGAGCAGCAGAUGCUGACUUCAUCAAUUCACGGCGACCGCAUGCAACGCGAACGCGAAGAAGCGUUACAUAACUUCAAAAGCGGUCGCCAUUUUAUACUAGUAGCCACGGCUGUAGCUGCACGUGGUUUAGAUAUAAAAAAUGUUGACAUCGUGGUAAACUACGAUCUUCCAAAAAGCAUAGAUGAGUAUGUGCACAGGAUCGGUAGGACCGGUCGUGUUGGAAAUAGGGGGAAAGCUGUGUCAUUCUAUGAUAGUGAACAAGACAGCGCACUCGCAGCUGACUUGGCCAAAAUAUUGCGUCAGGCAGAUCAGCAAGUGCCCGACUUCCUACAAGAUGGCGGCACCUCAACGUAUAAGAGCGACAAAUACGGAGGCAGUGAUAUUCGAAACUUCAAUAAUGCAACUACACCUGUUAAUCAAGGUCAAGAACCAGAAGAAGAUUGGUAAAUUUAUAUAGACCAUUUGGCAACUGGUUUGAUUGAACAAUCGCCAGUGAUUAAUUAUAGUUUCAAGAUGCAACCAGUGGUGUGGUAUAUCCAUGUUAAUACAUCAAUGGUGCUUAUGCUGCCGUUUCAUGAAUUGAUACAUGAACAAUUUUGGAUGUUUGUACCAUAUAAUGGUAUGGCAUUCUAUAAAAUGACAUUAUCUUUCUAAUAAUCAUAUACACCUACAAAACAAGACUGUGACUUAACGUAUAAUUGCUGAGUAUUCUAGAUUUAGACAUUAAUUUUAAGACCCGGGUAUCCCAAAAUGACAUCUUUUUUGCAUAAGUCCCUUUGAUUUUAUACAUACAUCAUUGUUGUACUUAUAUUAGUAGUGUUACUUUCUUUAUAACUGUUAUUUGUUUUAAGAGUUUGAUGAUUAGAAUAAUUUUGCUUAAGGUUUUUUUUUGUCUUUGUUUUUUUUUUUUUUGUUUUUGGAUCUAUUCUUCGUGAUUAAGUAUUACCAUAUGAAACAUAAUACAAAACUGUGAUUUUUAAUGUGAAAGUUGCUCAUUUGAAAUUUUAGAAUAGUUACAAAUACAUAUAAGUAUAUCUAUUUUUUAAGAACUUUGCACGAUAUUUUUGAUUCGUAUCGAACAUAUUAACAUAUAAUUAUCUAAAUGAUGAGCAAAGUAAGUGAGUAUAGGGUAGUAGUACCCUAAAUAUGGACUUUGAACACAGCCUCUGGAAAUAGUAUACAAAGAUCACUUUUAAAGGUGAAAUUUGUGUAUAAAACUUUAUAUAUUCUAUAUUCUUAUAAAGCUGGACCGAAACAACUAGUAUCCGCAGUACAUAAUAAAUUAUAUUUAUAAUUAAUACAAUCAUAUUAUAAAAACAGGGUCAAAAUGGUAGGUGGUCUAACUUGUUUAUUCAAAUACAUAAUAUAAAUGUUACUAAUAUUGAAAGAGCGCCAUUAAUAAACCGAUAAAAUGAUCUAGAUACGAUAUAGCCAUAAGACUGAUUUUUUUAAUUUGACAUCUUCGUUUCUUAGAUCUCAAAACUUCCUUUUUUAAUUACUAAUAAGUACCAAUAUUAUCGGCCAGUGGUCGUGUUUAAUAAUAGAUUGUAACAAUGUAUAUAUUUAUAUAAGCCUACCUAUUUUAUGCUAUCUACUAAUUUCAACAUCUAUCUAUUAUUAUGUUAUCUUUUACUAGCCUAGCUUAAAAAUGCCCACAGUAGUAAUUUAUUUUACGAAUUAUUCCCAGAGACCUUGUACAAAGUCAACAUUCUCGGGGUAGUGCUAAUUCUGCAGUUCCUUCGCUCGUAUGUACUAAAUAGGAAAAAACGUCCUAUUAUGAAAGUAGUAGUAUAAAAACCAUUUCAUUUGAAUCUCAUUAUAAGAUUCACCCACAUCAUUAGAAAACAUUUAGCAUUGUGAAUCGUAUGAGAUUAAAAAUUACUUUACUGUUACGGCUUCAUAUAGACUUGCAGAUGCAAAACGGAGCAAUUAUUCAUACAUUGUAAUCUGUGAUUAUAAUUCUAAGUACUUUGCAAAUAUAUUUUUGCAUUGUUUUGCCAUAAGUUUAGUUCAAAUAAACUUAAUUUCAAAGUGAAAACUUUAAACAAUGCUAUAUGCUACGAAUUUAAGAUUAUAUAACAACUGAAAGAAAUCAUUUGAUAUCUAUUAUUUAGAAGACAGAUGUGCUACAUUGUUGUGAUCUUUGACUUUGUUUCAAACCCCGCUACUCAAGAACAAUUUGUUUUGUUAUAUUCUACUCAUUUGUAAAAGGUUAAAUUUCAUAAUAAAAAAAAAAAAUAAAAACAUGUC